GCACUAGCUUUUCUUCUACCAAUACGACCACAGGGAACUGAAGUGAUAACAGCAGUGAAAAUGGCGGAUGGCGAAGCGGCUUCUCAGGCCAGCGAGAAUGUCUCUUAUCCACUGAAUGUUUUAUACUGUGGGGUCUGUGGUCUUCCUCCCGAGUUUUGUGAAUAUGGACCAGACUUUGACAAAUGCAAAGCUUGGCUGGAGCAACACGAUCCUAGUCUUUUAACUUCAAUAGCAAAUAUGAAUCUUGAUUCUGCUGAGGGUGAUGAUAAAGACAAUAAAAAGAGACAGACUAGAGGUGGAAAAGCAAACAGACAGGCAAAGAAAAAGACUGCUGUGCAGAAAAUUACUAUAACAAAAGAACAACGUAGUAAGAAAAAGACAGUGACUGUAGUGAAUGGUCUAUCAACUUUUGAAAUUGAUUUAAAGAAAGCAUCAAAACUUUUUGCAAACAAAUUCUCAUGUGGAUCUUCUGUUACUGGUGAUGAUGAGAUUGUUAUACAAGGAGAUGUGUCUUAUGAUCUAAUUGAGCUGAUACAAAGUCACUGGCCCGAGGUUGAUGAUGAUAGUAUUGAAGACAGGACUUAAUAAAGUUCUUUGCUAGAUAUCCUUGAAAUAAUUUCAAAAUGUAUGUCAUUAAAUCAAAAGCUUUUCCAAA